UUAGCGGUUAUCUGUCCCUUUUUCCGCAAAAGGUCACUGUCAUAUAAACUCAUAUCACUUCAGAGCAACAUCAUUGCACUGGUAUACAGCUCGAUAUCUCUCCGAAUAUUAUGAUUUGAGGUCAAAUUAUUCUUUUGCCGCCGUGGACUACGUCGUCGUACGUACAGUUGAUUUCAAAAUGAUUAAAACAGCGAUUUUAUUGGGAUUCUUUUUAACCUGUUGCAAUGCACAAUUGGAAUUUGCGAGUGUGUUGGAAGUAUUGACGAAGGCUAGUGGAUUACCUGCUAUUGAAUAUCUGAUUGAGAAUUCACCCAAUGAGGUAUCUAGUCAGUGUUUGAAUGAUCUACAAACUUAUCUAUCGGAUCUGUCCAUCGGAUCAAGAUAUGCGAGAAAAUUGGCAUCUUCGUUUGGUGAAUUUCCAGACGAGAGUGUUGAAUUUACCUGGACUGGAUAUGACUAUGGAGUCAUGGAGCAAUGUUUAGACGUGAACAAGGACGAUGAAGAUGACUCGCCUUUCGAUGCCCAUUACUGUAUGGCUAUGACUAUGAUCUCUACGUUGGAGGUACAUAUCGGGACGUGCUGGCCUUCUUCAUGCGAAAAUCAAGAUGCACAAGUCAUAUCAACACAAUUGUCAUUGCUCCUUUUAAACAGUACUGAUCCUGGACUAAACUUCGUAUGCCUUGCCCGACCAGCAUGGGACCCAGAUGCUAUCGCAGUCCUCACGUUCUUUUGCGUCGUUGCUUCUCUGGUUUUGAUAGGAACUAUAUACGACCUCUACAUACGAAAACAUUGCAUCUCGGCUUCGGGGCGUUCGAAAGACCAAACGAAGUCAAUGACCACGAAAACUGGGGUCAAUGGUUUUGUGAAUGAAAAAUACACACCCACGGAUGAAGAGAAUUCCUCAUCAAAGAAUGACUUGGAAAGUGAGAUUCCUCCCAAAGAAGCUUAUCCAAGUAUACCUGCAGCUUCAGAAGGCACUGUUAUCCAAAGUAUGGCGAUGACAUCACUUCAGCAAUCACAUGAACCACGUGGAGAAUCGACUGAGCAGGAGACAGAAAAGAAAGCCGGUAUAUUAGAUGGAGUAUUGAUGUCUUAUUCAGCUGCUACCAAUCUCCGACUCAUACUGAGCGCCAAACCGUCUCGAUCUAAUCUAGGCGUUCUUAAUGGAUUGCGUGUCAUCAGCAUGUUCUGGAUCAUCCUACUACAUUGUAACCUCUUCCUCUAUGGCUCAAAGAAAUUAGAUAACUAUUAUACCAUACUUAGCACAUCGACCAAGUUUCCUAGAAUGGCCAUACAUUACGGAACGUUUGCAGUAGAUACCUUCUUUGUUCUUGGAGGACUGCUGGUUACAUACACUACCCUAUUGAAGCUCAGGAAAUCGAAUGGGCAGAUGAACUGGCUCAUGUUUUAUUUCCAUCGAUACUGGCGCCUCACCCCUGCCCUGCUCGGGGCGAUGGCCCUCUGGAUCUCACUGGGAAAACAUCUAGCCGGCCAGGGUGCUAUGUUCGAGAUCUUCUAUGGAUAUGUCAGGCAUUGGUGCAAGCGGGAGUGGUGGACAUAUCCGCUUUACAUCAAUAAUCUCUACCCAUUCCCCGGUAAUAAUAACGCAUCGUGUAUGGGUUGGGCCUGGUAUUUGGCUUGUGAUAUGCAGUUCUAUUUAAUAAGUCCUCUCAUCAUCACAUUACUUUACAGGAAGAAACAGUUUGGUAUCGGACUCGUCUUUGGCUUGACAACAAUAUCGAUUGCCUCAGCUAUCGGGAUCAGCUGGUAUUAUGGAGUUAACCCUGUCGGACCUGAAUUUAAUGAUCGUCUUGGUGGUGAAAAUCUUGAUAUCACAUACACCAAACCAUACACAAGGAUCCACUCUUACCUAGUGGGUAUGUUUGUGGGAUAUCUCCUCUUCAGAACGGUCGAUAGAAAGAUCAAGAUUCCUUGGUGGUUUGUUUUGAUUGGAUGGUCGGCUGCAUUUAUCCUUGGUAUGACGUGCGUCUACUCCCUGUACGGUGCCCGCAUGAAGCCGGAUAAAAUGGAACAGUUCGAAGCGGUUCUGUGGGAGGGACUUUCUAGGUUUGCUUGGUCCAUCGCCAUCGCUUGGGUAUGCUUCUCAUGUAUCAAGGGAUAUGGAGGUAUAAUCAACUCUUUCCUCAGCUGGAACUUCUGGAUUCCAAUGGGACGGCUGACCUACUGUACCUAUCUCAUACACCCUCUGGUCAUCUACAACGCUCUCAUGAGCGGCAAGGCUCUUUUCCACUUCGGAAUUAUUUCCUUCAGCUUCUACUUUGUUGGAAGUGUGGUGUUUUCUUACCUCGCUGCUCUAAUCCUUUCUCUCUUGAUGGAAGUACCGGCUGCUGGUCUGGAAAAGAUCCUAUUCGGUCGGGACUAAUGUGGAACCCAGGGCUCCGUCACACAAAGAUUAGCGAUCAAUCGCUAAAUGAACUGACCAAUCGAUAUAAACGUUACACGCGCAUUUGGUUUAAA